AUGGAUCAAGACCACACAUUCGAGCCCUUGCAGGCCGAACCAAGGCGCCGUCGGGCUUCAACAAUCGACGCAGAGCCCGAUACCAUACUGAGGCGCAUGCCCUCCGGACACACCUCUGCGCAAGAUGCCACUUCACAGGCCGAACCCGACACCUGUCGAAUAUGCAGGGGCGAGGCUACUCCAGAUGAGCCUCUGUUCUACCCUUGCAAAUGCAGUGGCAGCAUCAAAUACGUUCACCAGGACUGCCUGAUGGAAUGGCUUUCCCAUUCCCAGAAGAAGCACUGCGAGCUGUGCAAAACGCCCUUCCGCUUCACCAAGCUCUACGCCCCGAACAUGCCAAAGACCGUCCCCUUCUACGUCUUCAUAAGUCACAUCACCAAAUAUCUGUUCCGCAACAUGCUGGUAUGGGCUCGAGGCGGCUUGGUCUUGAUGGUGUGGUUGGUGUGGCUGCCCUACCUCAUGAGGAGAGUCUGGUCUGCUUUGUUCUGGCUCAGCGACGAGGGCCUGGCGCCGGUGUUUGGGAGACCCGAGGUUGUCAAUGUUCUGGGCGAGAGUGUUGGGUCAACGGCUGGUGCGGCUACGUGCCCUUCAAGUCCUCUGCAUGCGGCAACGACCACCGCGGCCUCGCUACAGGGCCUCUUGAGCCAAAUCCCUCGAAGCAGUACUGCUAUGACAACAACGUCUCUUUACGGGAUUAACAUCACGUCCGACAACCCUUUGUCCAACAUCCUCCUCAAUAUGUUUUUGGGGACCUUCUACAUCGGAGGCACGGCGUCACGCAGCAACACAUCAGCUAACGUGCAGAGUAUCGCCCCCGCGGCCGUCACACACCAGCCCACCCUACUGAGCGAGGUCAGGUUCUUACAGAAGAUCUCCUCGUCCUCACCGGCACUGGGUGGGUUUGCAAUUGAUAUUCUAGAGGGACAAAUCAUUACCGUAUUGGUGAUCAUAUGUUUCAUCCUGAUUAUUUUGGUCCGGGACUACGUUGUUCAACAACAGCCGGAUAUAAAUAUGCGAGCUGCGUUUGCUGCCGCAGAGAAUGCAGCGCCCCAAGAAAACGUCGCACCAGCCGCAGCUAUGCCUGACCCUGCGGAAGGUUUACGGCCAGAGGAUAUAGACAGGCUUCGCGGUCCCGAAGCACAAGAUAUCGGGUUCAACGGCCCACUUAAUGGCAACGAGGGACAUGGCGAGCACCACUGGGCUGACCUUGAUGAAUUCUCUGACGGAACUGCUGCAGCUGACGGUCAGCCGGUCGCAAGAGAUGCAACAGGUGCCUCUGAUGGACCCUCUGACGAACCUUCGCAACAGAAUUUACGAGCGCCAACAACGCCAGGAACUUCUGCCAAUGCACGAGAGGGACAUUCGACCGAGGCUGGUAGAAGCACAGUGGACGAAUACGUGAGGAUUCAUCGCGCGGCUGCGGGAGACCCAGAGACGAUCAUCAGGAUUAUUCGCCAAGAGAACCUUGAGGAUAGGCUUGCGUACUUUGUUCAACUUACCCAGUCUCAGAUGAACCGAAAACGACCCGACCUGCACACCGAAGAAGAGGAAUCGUCAAGUCAAAUGGCAGAGUGGGGAUCAGAGUCGGACUGGCCUUGGCCAGAUGAUGCACAAGAGCAAGAACGUCAUUCUGGCAAGGGCAAGGCGCCACAGACCAACGGAACACCGGAUGCAAGAGUCGAGCAGAGCCACACGUCCAGGCCAAGGUCUGCCACAGAUGGACCGCAAAGAGUUGGAGGCAUUCACCCCUUGGGCAAUAACAAUUGGUCAUGGCCAGAUGCUUCCCUGGAGUCUCCACGUGCAGAUCCUCGUCAAUCACCCACAUUAGGGAUGCCGGCUACCUCUCAGAGAGUACUUGCCGACGAAGCUGGCUCCGCCUCGCAGCCUUGGGCCUUCGCGACGCCUCCAUCAAGCACCUUGGCGGAGAGUGCGCCGUCAAGCUCCCAAGGGCAGACGCCGGGUUCGUCUGAGAUCGAUGACAUUCUCGAGAACGAGCUGAAUCCUGAUCACGUCGACACGUUGAAUCCCGAAAUGGAGACUGGUCGACCUCUGGACUGGGAUGCCGGCUCAGACUUCCAUGCGCCUCUUGAAGUGCAACCAAACGAGAAUGCUGAAGACAUUGGAGAUCAAGCUCAGGAACCGCCUCAAGCCGAUGGGCUCGCACGGCGCCUCGCGGAUUUCAUGUGGCGUGACGUCGAAGCCAUUCCCGCACACGAGCUUCCGCCUUUGCCAGAUGCUGCUGAUGAGUUCUUUGAUCACGAUCAAGAUGCCGCCGCUGCAAUCGCACAGGAUCCCCUGCCAGAACUGCAAGACCAAGACCAAGACCAGGAAGUGGCAGCAGCAGCUGCCGCCGCUGGAAUAGAUGCCGAAGCUGAGGCCAUAGAAGACGCUGAAGAUCUAGAGGGAAUCCUCGAACUUCUUGGCAUGCGCGGCCCAAUUGCUGGCUUAUUCCAGAAUGCCUUAUUCUGUGCUUUCCUGGUCUCCAUUACGCUCUUUCUUGGUGUUUUCUUGCCAUACAACCUGGGACGUCUUGCCAUCUGGUUGGUUGCCAAUCCUGCUCGGCCUGUUCGAAUCCUCUUCAGUCUUUCCAAAUUAGUACAGGACACGGCGUUACUUUUGAUGGGAUUCGCGUCUACGCUCCUUUUUGGUGCGGUAGAUGCGCUCUUCACCCUCAUCCAACCAAGUGCAGCGCGACCGGAAAUGAUCAGCCAGUCGAUGCAAGGGUCGUGGAAUAUGACCGAAAAUGCUUUCCAGAGGCUACUCGAUAGCAUGUGGACAGACCUUCCCUUCAUAUCGGCCGAUGAAGUCCGCAAUUUCUCAACAGUUAGCCAUGUCGCUUUGUUUACGUUGAAGGGCCAGGUGGCUCUCUUAUUCGCCACGCUCGGGAGAUCGGCGAUGUUCCUCUUUGGAGGUGACUAUUCAACCAAAAUAGUGGAAAUCUGCCACUGGAUCACGUCCGCCACAAUUACAAUAUGGCAUGGUCUGCAUGGUCUACCUAGCUUUCUGUUGAAUCCAGGUUCAUGGGUCAUCGACCUUGGAACCUCCGAAAGCGCGACGCCUUUGAAGGCCGAACUUGCAUCUUGGAGUGCCAUGGACAGAGUUUGGGCCAUUCUGGGCGGGUACGUCGCUUUGUCCUUCUCUGCGGCACUCUAUCUUGGUCGGGGCGGACCCAUCUCUCCAGGUCGAGUUGGCCAGGAGUGGGAAGCAACUUUGAUAGACGCGUUGAACCAAGCAAGUGGCGUCAUGAAGGUGAUUCUCAUUAUUGGCAUUGAGAUGCUGGUCUUUCCGCUGUAUUGCGGGCUUUUGCUGGACAUUGGGCUGCUGCCGUUGUUCGAGAACACGACUAUCAUGUCCCGCGUGAUGUUCACCAUCAACUAUCCUCUCACCUCCAUUUUCGUGCAUUGGUUUGUCGGCACAGGAUACAUGUUCCAUUUCGCUCUGUUCGUAUCCAUGUGUCGCAAGAUAAUGCGCAAGGGGGUACUGUACUUCAUUCGCGAUCCUGAUGACGCUGAAUUCCACCCCGUACGCGAUGUUCUGGAGCGAAACGUCACCACACAAUUGCGGAAGAUCCUGUUUUCUGCUUUCGUAUACGGCGCUCUAGUCAUCGUUUGCCUAGGAGGUGUUGUAUGGGCUCUGUCAUACGGGUUCCAGAACGUGCUUCCCAUUCACUACUCAUCCAAUGAGCCUGUGCUGGAAUUUCCGAUCGACUUGUUGUUCUACAACUUCUUGAUGCCUCUUGCCGUCAAAUUCUUCAAGCCAAGUGACGGGCUCCAUGCCAUGUAUACCUGGUGGUUCCGCAAAUUGGCCCGUGGCUUGCGGCUCACAUGGUUCUUAUUUGGCGAGAGGAAGCUUGAUGAAGAAGGCACAAUUCAAGUACAGCCACCGCCAGAAGGACAGGCUUUGCCGCUGUGGAACAGAGUCUUUUUGGAGGUUGAUGACAAGAAGGUCGUUCCGAAGACCUGGAAAGGCACCUUUGACGGGGGAAAGGCGAAACCCGCUCUACCGCUGAGCACUCAGGAGCUGGAAGACUCGAACGCAAGGAAGGCUGCUCUAGUGCGCACCCACCAGCUCAUUCCUGAUGGACGUUUCGUUCGUGCUCCAGCCUCAGAUCAAGUGAAGAUACCCAAAGGGCAGAGAGUCUUUUUGGAUGUGACGGAGGGUAAUCAAAGACAAGAUCGCAUAGAGCAGCCAGGAGUCGAUCUUUACUCAACACCACAGUACCAGUUUGUGUACGUUCCGCCAAACUUCCGGCUUCGCAUCUUCCUGUUCAUUCUCUUCAUUUGGUUAUUCGCCGCUGCGACAGGCCUGGGAUUUACGAUUAUUCCCUUGAUAUUCGGGCGCUGGAUGUUUCGGUCACUCAUACCUGACCGCAUCCGUACGAACGACAUCUACGCCUUCAGCAUUGGCAUUUAUAUCCUCGGCUCUGCUGCUUACUUUUUGUUCCACCUGAAAGACAUCUAUAAAAAGGCCAAAAAGCGGUUAGCCAGCACGACAUCACGCAUCCUUCAUCGCGAAACCCUCCGCCGCGCUGCACUUGGUGUGACUCGUGCAGCUAAGCUUGUAUAUGCAUACUUCUUCCUGCUGGUGGUCUUCCCACUCAUGGUUGCUAGCCUGAUGGAGUUGUACAUCUUAAUUCCCUUGGACACAUACAUGUACGGGACUGUCGUUUCCAAAGACGCAGCUCCAGACGCCACUCUUCUCGACGUUCAAAACCCCCGUCACACAGUGCGCGUGAUGCAGUCCUGGACCAUCGGUGUGAUCUACCUCAAACUCGCUGCUCGGUAUGUAGUCUCCUGGCACCGUGAGAGUCGCGUUGCAGCUGCCACCCGCGCUGUCCUGAGACGUGGCUGGCUCGAGCCCGACAUCAAAGUACUCACGCGCGCAUUCGUCGUACCGGGCCUGUCUGUUUGGGCCAUAGCAGUGUGUGGGCCCCCACUGCUGGCGAGAGCGUGCAUCGCGUACGGCAUAUCUGCUGGCAUAGAACCUGGCAACGACGCAGCUGUGGUUCUUGUCCAUCGGUUCUGCUUUUUCGCCGCGCUGGUCAGCGCCAUUGGCGUGGCGAUGUUGCGGAGCAUGCUGGGUGUGUUCCGUUCCUGGAGGGUGAGGAUUCGGGAUGAGGCCUACCUUAUUGGGGAGAGGCUGCAUAACUUUGGCUUGGGACAAGCCGGGCAUGAUCCACAGAGAGAGAGGCGGAGGACAAGAGUUGGGUUUGACUGA